CUUGAACCAAUCAACUGUGAGGUUACUUGAACGCCCUGCCCAAACAAUACUGGCAGCAAGACAGAUCGCUGGAAAUAUAUUGCUUCAUAUUUUGAUUUUAUGAUACGUAGGUUUUACUUUGUUUAUCAGUUUAAAUACUUUUUGCAGUGUUGUUUGUAGAGUGGGUUACGGCGGGGUAGGUGUUUUUAAACAUCACCGAGGCGAUGUGAAGGCAUAGCAACGAUAGCCUGUCGUUGUUAGCAUACGGUAGUGUUAGCAAGGUACCAGAUGCUAGCCGAGUUAGCUAACUUGCCGUAGCGUUAUGUGAUUACCUGGCAGCUACUAACGUUAGAAAAAGUUAUUUUAAAGAAAGUUCUUCGUGAGGGUAACGUAACGCGGAUUAAAAGUUGAACACUGCUGUGUACUAGGUGUAACCUUCAACAAGGCAGUCGGCCGACAAAGUCCAAUGUGUGUUUAUAUCCGUUAGCAUCCUUGAAAUUCAAGCUAGCAAGAGAGCAUUAAGUUAGCUGAGGUGCUACGCAAACAACAACAUCUACCAAACUGGACAAAACUUUGGAUUUAGUCGGGUUUAAAUCGGGCUCAGCGGGUCCGCUGACCCCUCAGAAGAAGAUGAAGAAGAGGAAGGAGUUAAAUGCUUUGAUCGGUCUUGGAGACAGUAAGAGAAAGAAGACCAAAAAGGGAUCUGGUCACCGGCUUCUCCGAACCGAGCCGCCUGACUCAGAGUCCGAGUCCAGCUCGGACGACGACGAGUUCAGCAAUCUAAGCAGUGGAGCUAACUUUGGGAAAAGAAGCUAUGCGCAGUGCUGCAGCGUGUGCUACCCCUUGUUUCUGUUCAUCAUACUAGCUGCCUGCGUUAUGGCCUGUGCUGGACUCAUAUGGAUGCAGAUUGCUCUGAAAGAAGAUCUUGACACACUGAAAGAAAAACUCCACAACAUGGAAUCCAGUCAGAAGGUGUCAUCAAGUGAAAUACCAAAACUAAGUGAGGACCUGAAAAACAAGGAGAGAAAGUUUGAUGACAUUGAAAACGGGGCCAAGGGGUUGAGCAAACUUUGGUCUAAUCUAACAGAAAUGAACAGAAAGAUCAGUUUGCUGGACUCUGCCGUAAACCAUUUAAAGGUCAACUUGAAAUCAGCUGCUGAUUUAAUCAGUCUUCCCACAACAGUUGAAGAGCUUCAAAAGAGUGUUGCUACUAUUGGCAGCACGCUAACAAGUGUGCAGCAUGAUGUAAAGACUAUGCAGGCUGCUCUUGAAAAUCAGAAGAAAGAUGACGACUUGAAGAAGACAAUGGAUAUAACAGACCUGAGAAAAGCAGUGAGUGAGGCUAAUAAAACGGAGGAGCUCCACCAUACACAGGCUGAAGAGCAGAUCCACAAUCUUCUCUCUAUGGUUGCAGAUCUUCACCAGAGAGUGUUGUCAUUAGAGAAGGGGGCAGUCCAACGUUCAAAGGCCAAUGACACAGCAGCUCAGCUUCCGGUCACCAGUGAAAGUCCAGUAACCAAGACGGUGAAUGAAACUAGUGAAACCAAAGCAACACCUGGGGAUGUACAAGACAUGUCCACGCCACUGACAGAGCCUCAGAUGAGCAGACGUCCACGUUUCUCAACUCCAAACCGCUCUAAGAGAAAUGCUGAGCCAAGAUGUCCAAAGAGUGUGCUCCUCCCUGGUGUCGCUUCUCUGAAAGACUUGGAAAACAUCUUCCAUCAGACAGGAGUCGAACAUAAUUCACUGGGACUGACUUACCAUAGCCUGAGUAAAGUACUUGGAACAUCAACUCCCAGUGCUCGUACCAUGGCAUGUUUUGACAAUGACGGAAACCAGAGGUACUCCCUAAAGGAGCUGAGAGCUGCUGUAGGUUUGUGAGUGCAUUAUCAUUGACAGCAGUGAACAGUAUUGGAAUAUGCAGUGGAGUUAGGGGGUUCGGAGAUCCCAGCCCUCUCUGUAACUACUGCACUUUUGUGAACUGAAUAUUCAUCAUACUGAUUGUGGAACAGUGGCGCUGGCAUGCCCCCUACUCACUACUCGCUACCUGGUCUAUUGCAAUACACUCUUCCACGAAACAUGAGCUUAAAUUUUAAAGUUGAUCCAUUUGAGCACCUGUACACAAAAUAUUCAGCUCUUAUUUUAGCAAAUUCCAUGGGUAUUAAGAAAGAAGCCAUGGAAAUAAGUGUUGUGAAUUAUUUUGAAUCCUGUUUUUUUUUUUUGCUGCACCUGUGUUAGUUAGUUUGUUUUCAACUAGUCUGUCUCAUGUUCAUGUAACAUUUUUGUCUGGAGGCUGCAGUUGUCAGUCUAUUGCAGAUGUCUCCACCCAACAAACAUCUGGUACAACUCACCUUAACCUUAUUUAUAGUACCUGAGAUACAAUGUUAUGAAUGUUUACAAAUGACUACUAGAAAUACAAUGUUUUUGUGAGUCGUUUUGUUCUUUUUAGACAGAUUCCUUCACUGAGACACACAGUCGAGCAUUCACAGGCUGAAGAGCAGGACUUUGGUGUGCUCCUUUCUAAGCUAAAUGAAGUUUCAGUAUUUUUUCCCCCUCAUUUAUCUUAAGUCCAUUGCUACAUUAUGAUUGUGUUUAGUCCACCUGUGCUUUAUUUUUGCAAUUUUCAGUUCUACAAGUUUUGAAGGGCUAAGAACACUUAAUUCAGAAAGAAUUUUGAGACAGUAACUCUUGCGGCAUAUGUAGCAAUAAAAAAAUGAUAUCGCUAUUGCUUGUUUAAAGUUGCAGUAGGCAGAAGGCACACCUAGCUUACAAUGUGUAACAGGUAGUAUAAUAAGCACUGACAUCUCUCUUUACUUGAUUCAUUUUAUUCCAUUUUAUGGGCCUAAUAAUGAUGUAUUUACAGAUUUGUCAUACUGAGACAUUGUUGUAUUCUGUAAAAAUGGUUCAAAUGUAUUCCCACAUUUCCGGUAUCUUGUGAAGGGGGUAGGGUUGGUAAAACUUUACUUGUCUUAAUCUAAACGUUGUACAUUUUUUAAAAAAAAUAAUUCUGUUGUGCUUUGCAUGUUGCUUAUAAUGUAACAUGAACCAGUUAUUUAUAAACUUAACAUAGUCGACUACAUCUUUUUGCAGGAUAAUGGUUACUUGAGAUCAAAAUGUAACAGCUUUGGCCAUUAUGACAGAUUUUUGGAUCCAUGCUGCUACUGUACAUGGGGGGUUUUAUGAAUGUGUUUUUGUGUGAGCACCAAUGAAUAAACACAAUUCAAAGUUUGA